GACCAGGGGUCCUUCCGCGCCAGCGCUAAUGCCUGCUAGCUUGUCGGUGGUUAGCAGCUACGUACGCAGUCGGUUGUGGUAGAAUGAGCCCGACAGGAGUCAGGGAUGAGUUGACGACCGCAGCCUCUGACUUCCUCGACCUGUCUCUGCAUCACUGCAGCUCAGUCGGGUAGAACGACUCCUCCACAUCGCACCAUCUGCAUAGGGCGGACCCCCUCCCCCCCCCCACCACCACCACCACAUCCUUCUAACAACCUGUGAGUGAACGGUGCUCGCGCCGCAGAAGAUCCUCUGCCAACGUCUUUCAACAAAGAGAGACGAUGUAUUGUCUACAGUGGCUGCUCCCCGUGCUGCUCAUCCCCAAACCACUUAACCCAGCGCUGUGGUUCAACCACUCCAUGUUCAUGGGCUUCUACCUGCUCAGCUUCCUGCUGGAGAGGAAGCCGUGCACCAUCUGCGCCUUGGUCUUCCUCGCUGCCCUUUUCCUCAUCUGCUAUAGCUGCUGGGGCAACUGCUUCCUGUACCACUGCCAGGACACCGCGCUGCCGGACGCUGCCCACGACCCAGCUAUAGUUGGAACCUAGGAGGGAAUAGACGGGGAGAGAUAUCGGGGGGGAGGGGGGUGAUGGGUGAUGGGGCUUGCUGGAGAAUUACUGUAGAAUGAUACUGCCAUGAUAUCAGAGGGGACGGACCCCACUUUUGGGGGUUGGAGAGUGGUGAGAAGGAGGCGCUGAAUGGAGGCUGGAGGGUUGUUCUGCUGAAAAAAAUGAAUACUGCCACAGAGGCUGAGGUGGGGGGGGGUGGUUUUUUUUUUUUUUAUGCUGUCAAGAAAAACUGACUUAAAUCUGAGGUGGUCGGAGGAGAGGAGGGAGAAGCUACAUCGGAGGAGACGUGGUGGACGAGAGACGGCAGCGUAGAAACUUGAAACAGGCAGAGGAGGACACGUGUUGAUUUGAGGAGAGAAGAAUUUUAUUUUCUGAAUCUUUCAUUCCAGCAUUUGAAUGAAAACCAGACCAGAUAAUAAUAAAUAAAUAUAUAUGUAUAUAUAAAUACACCACAGGUGUCACGGGGGGGUCAUUGUGGCCGCUGUGUUUCAGUUGCCUGGUUCCUCUCUACUUCAACCAGAACUUCUCCAAAAACCUGCAGGGUCCUCGGCCUCAGUCCACCUGCUCCCGAGGAACUCUCCAGACGGAGCUCAGGCGAUUUGAGUUUUCACUCAGUUCUCGCAUUUGUCCGCAAGCUUUCUGUACCUGGUGGAGUCGGCCUGCCUCUCAGAGUCCAACCAUCCCAACUCUCUCUCUGCACACGGAAUGCUACCCUUCACAAGGAGAGCACUGGACAAUCAGUAACUAUGCUGUGAAUAAUUCCUCUUUUGCCGCAUUGCCACAAACACACACACACACGUACACACACAAAACUCAGACCAUGUAAUAAUGCUGAGGAACUGUCCCGUCGUUAUUACCCAGCGGGCUCUGCAGCUGCUCUUCUCCGCUCAUCCUACUCCUCCCGCCUUCGAGGGAACGUCCCCGACCCGCCAGACUUACCAUUUGAUCUUUAUUUGUUCUUUUUGCUGUUCUUCAUCACGCAUGGGUUGACGUUAUUUUUUUUGUUUUGUGUAUUAAGUUCACACACAGAUUUUAGUGAGUUUAAACAAAAUGCCGAACGUUUCCAAAGGGUGUACAAAUCUGUGUGUGUGGGGUGAAUGAAAGGUUUGUGUGUUGUGUGAUAGGUGUGCUGGGUUUUUCUCUGUGUGUGUGAUCAAGUCAUGCUGAUGUGCGCAAAAAACAACAACCUGUUGACGCAUGGAAACAAGCAGCAGGGGGCAGUAUUUCCAGCAAAAAUAAGCAAUACAGAGCGCUGGCUGCGGAAAUUCCGUUAUCGACAAGUUUACUGGUGAUCAGAGAGAGUGUGUGUGUGUGUGUCACUGCUCUGAGAGUUAUGAUGCCCUGUCGGACACAGGCUACGGUGUUUACACUGUGUACCUAAUGGUGUGUGUGUGUGAGUGUAGCCUUGUGUAGUAGUGCACAUCAUGCUCACUGCUACCUGAUUGCUUUGGUUUUAAUUUAAAUAAAGUUUUUUCCUCUCAACAUG